AUGGAAGUCCACGCCAAGAUGAAAGUCGACGAGGUCAUGGAGAUUUACGGAUGGAAUACCCACCAGCAAAAACGAUUCCGCGAUGCUGUUUUCAAGGAGGGGAGGAAGCUCCUCUAUAAUGACGAGUACUGGAAAAACGAGCGAAGACCAGACCCGUUCGAUUUGGCCGAGCUUUCCAACAGCGUUAUGAUGCAUGUUAUAGAGAAUCUCAGGGCUCAGCUCUCCAUGGACGAUCUGGAGGCCAAGAGAACCAUGAGCCCAGAGCUCGUGAAGUGGAAGUUGCAACAGUGGAUUAGCGCCGAGAGAAGUACGUUUCAACCUACCUACUACCCACGUCACAGCUGA